GAACAGUAACAGACUGGAUUAAAUUAAAUAUUACAAUAUUACAAUGUUUACAAAGUAUAAGAAAGACCUCUUAUAUAUACGAGUAGCUCAGUUAUAAAUGUUGAGAAUAUGACAGAGGUGAAAUCUAUAUGAUUGACAUUUUGAUAUAGAAUAACUUCAAAAUAACACUUUAAAACUAAACACGUGCAUGACUCUAUGACGUAAACGCAUUUAGCUUUGAAAGCAACACAAAACUCCUUCCUCUAUCACACUGAGAGCACUCUUCUGCGGACAUUGCAGGGCAGCAGUCAUGUGAACGAUGAUGAAUGUGAUAACAGCUUUAGCUCUUUCUUGUUUCUGCUGGAUUGCUGUCUCAGGUUCUGAGUUUCAGACCCCAAAGGUGCAGGCAGGUGAAAAUGUCACUCUGCAGUGCACCAAGACUUUCACAUAUGAUGUUUUGACCUUCUGGUUCAGACUGGUCAACGGAACCACAGCCAACUCUCUUGCUGUUAAGCCAGUGUCUACAAAUGUCAAUUACAAUGCUGAAUUUCAAACUGGAAAAUUUGAAAUGACACAAAACACCUCUGAUGUCUUUCUCAAAAUCAAACAAGUGGAUGUGUCUGACUCUGGGCUGUAUUUCUGUGGAUUUGUCUCAGAGGGACGUCUAAAUUUAAGGGUCAUGCAAUUAAAGGUUGGAGACACCGAUGAGCCUCAGGAUGACAUGGACUGCAUCUGUGAACAGGCUCACGAAGUAGCAGAGCUGACGAGUGUCACCCUGGGUGUUCUGUCUGUUUUCCUCUUAAUGCUCAUCACUGGUCUGGCUGUUCAACACGGGAAAUCAGCUAAAGAACAUGAAAAUAAGAAUCCAGAACAAUUUGAGAAUCUGGACCCUGGCACCCUGAAGGAUCCAGCACUGCAAUCAGCAGUAAAAAGACGCGGGAGGCCUGCAGCACAAAAGCAACCAGAAACUCAUGUUAUUUAUACUUCCAACAGAUAGACUCAUUUCCCUGUUUGACUGUGUUCGUGCUGCUUCCUGUUUUAUUUCUAUUUCCUCCACUUUGUUGAAAUAAAUGGAUUACACGGCA